CGUUUCCGCACUGUCCCACAGAGUGUUAGGAGUCAUGUAUAGCUCAACACGCAGAAGGAAGGAAUUUAUACUCUAAGUUCUCGGUAUAAGCGAUAAGCAUAUGGAUCGCGGGGAGUCGGUCACUCGAACCCGUCGUCCCCGCGUGGAGCGUGGUCGGUCUCGGAAUGGCUGCUCCACGUGCAUAAGCAAGAAAGUCAAAUGCGACGAGGCUCGCCCACACUGCAGAAGAUGUACCCGGCUCAGCUUGACCUGUGAAUGGCCAUUGCCCAAGUCGUCGCUGGCCUCCAGAAGACGUGGCUUAGGUCCUAUUAAAUCUCGUGAUCCCAAUUGGUCUCCUACUUCUAUUAUGCCAAACGACGGCGACGAUGUUUUAUCCCACCUGUCGGCAAUGACUAGCUGCAUGCCCUUGACGGUGGUGGAUGAUCUUUCCCUCCCCCAAUGCCAUGGCCUCCUUUCGGGAGGUUCUAAUGGUAAUGACUACCAAACUAUGGACGAGGUAUCUCUAAUGCUGAUGCUGUCGGAUGAUAUAUCGCAAGGCGUAUUCCCGACAGCAGACAGUUCAACAGAAAAACACGUUUUGUCCGUGGCCAAAACUCCUGAUGAAGAGCAUUUGGAUAGUCUGUUGUGUGCGAAUGCACUUGAACUACCGGGGCCUUUAGCAAUCGAUAACCCACUCGCCGUUACAGAUCUAUCGUUUGUGUAUGCUCCUGGGGCCUCUCUUGCGCUAGGCAGCGACGACAAGCAAGCUGUCUUGUUCCAUUGCAAGCUCUUUGCUUCCUUGAAGUCUACGCGUGCUUGGAGCUGUUCAGCACACACUCUCUUCUUUAAAAAGGCCUACGAUAGAGCCAUGGCCCUCCAUUUCCUCCUCGCUGUUUCCCAUAGUGAGCUGGCCAUUCAUUACGGUCAAGGUCCGCAACCACCCAAAGAGUCGCAAGAGCAUUUUCACCGAGGAUCUCAAUUAUUCUUGCAGUCCCGCAGUGCCUUUGCGUCUCCAGAUCAUAUCAACAUGAUGAUCUCAUUCUUGUAUAUGUACAUGUUUUGGAUGCGACGUGAUCACUUUGACUCCAACAAGCUUGGAGACCUAAGUCGAGCGGUCCUUGCCUAUACCAGAACAUAUGGUGUGGACACGCUGUGUGCCAGCGACGAUAUACUCUCCUUCGACAACACCUUCUGUGGUAGUGUAAUAACUGUCUCCGAACAGGUCUUGUUGGCCAGAAUUAUCGCAUACCUAUACGAUCGAGACGGGUUCUGUUGUUUCUUUGGAUGCGGUGGGUAUUUUGCGGACUAUAUAAACAGCGCCCCUCAGAAGCGACAAAAGUUUUGGCUACGAUCGCGUACUGCCUUUUUUUUGCCCUGGAAUGACGCCGGCUACAUUCACGGCGCAGAAUCAGAGGUGGAGGAUGCAGCAACUCUGGAUGUUUACUUUGAACUCAUUGUUUUGCAUCAGGAGAUCAACUCUUACAGUCAAGCUACUGCGACGCGUGCGAUAACUAUGGGACCGAGACUACAGCGGUGGUUAGAGGCCAUCUACAGAGAACAUACCAUGCUCUUCCAUCGGGUCGCAGACCAGACAUACCACGCCGAAUGUACGUUGAUGACCUUUAUCACAGCUACUUUCUUUUAUGCCAUGCAGAUUUAUCUGUAUCGUGCUCGUGGCUCUUUGUUUGGGGGUGAACCCAUCCCUUCCGGGCUUCAGGAUGCUCUCAAUUCGUUAGUAUCCGCCGCGUACUACGCCACCAAAGCCGGAUCUGUGCAACUUCUUGAGCGCUUCCAAUGGUCACUCUUUAUUGCUUGGCUGGAGACCACCGAUCCUGUCCACCAGGAGUGGGUUGAAAACAACAUUUCUGACCCUGCAAUCAAGAAAGUGUUGGGCCAUGUCCAAGACAUCAGAAACCAACCACCUGCUGGUAUCACAAUGAAGAAGAUUCGUUCCCUCGUGGGCGAAGGCUUCGCGGCCUCGUGAUGUGUGCUUGACCUCCAAUCGGCAAAUUGUGCGGCACCCCCUGUACCCCUUCUCCAACUAAGGAUGUCCCCAUAUGCUAAGUCUGGAGUAGCGCCGAGAUCGGCUCCCCACGCCUCGAUUAAUUUGGCCAACGAGAUGGCUCAAAUUUAUCAUUG